AUGUCCCUCUGCAUCUUUGUGUGUAUCUGGACGCCUGCCAGCUUCCCAGUUGGACAUCCUGAGCUCUACUCGGAGACUACACCCACCAUCGAAGACAAGAGGGAGCAGAGGAAGUGGGAGGCGCGAAAGGGGAGAGCUGCUGGAGAGAUAUGGUUGGCUUUGGAGGAUGGGCAGAAGGUGCAUGUGAAGGAGGUGAAGAUGGAUCCGUUGAAGAUGUGGGAGAAGUUGAGGGAGGUUCAUGUUCAGCAGAAGCCUGGUGCGCGCUUCUGUUAG